AUGGCGCUCAGCCCCCGCGGGCGGGAGGCGGCGAGUGGUGGGGAGCGGGCCCGGCGGCGGGGCGGGCGGGAGGACGAGCUGGCGGAGCUACCGCUGCACUCGCCAUGGACCUUCUGGCUGGACAAGUCACUUCCUGGUACGACAGCAGCUGAAUGUGCCUCAAAUCUGAAGAAGAUUUAUACAGUCCAAACAGUGCAGGAUUUCUGGAGUGUCUACAACAACAUUCCUCUGGUGACAAACUUGCCCUUGAGAUGUAGUUACCAUUUAAUGCGGGGAGAAAGACGGCCACUUUGGGAAGAGGAAAGCAAUGCCAAGGGAGGUAUAUGGAAAAUGAAGGUCCCUAAGGAAAGUACGGCUGCAGUUUGGAAAGAGCUUCUGUUAGCAACGAUUGGAGAGCAGUUUACAGACUGCUGUGCAGCAGAUGAUGAGAUAAUAGGGGUGAGUGUCAGCGUCCGUGACCGUGAGGAUGUUGUGCAAGUCUGGAACGUGAAUGCCUCUUCAGCAAAUGAAGCAAAAGUUGUAGAAAAGAUACACAAGCUUCUACCACAGACAUCUUUUAAAGUGGUGUUUUAUAAAUCACACAGAGAGCAUCAUGCUUUUGAAGGCCAGCGGGGAAAACAUUAAGAGCAGCCUGUGCCAAGCUCAUGGAUUGUUGUUUGGUGUUUUGAGGUGAUCUGGACAAGGAGAAGCCCUGCAGAAGCAUAAUGUGCA